CUGUGGUGCUUCAAAGACGAGUGAAAAGUGAAAGUCACCGGUGACCUCCUGGACAUUCUGAAGACAAACCCUCACGAGUGAAGAUCAGAGUUUGAAACAUGUGAAACUGAUCAGUGCAGAAAGUCUUUCUGAGAACAACCCGAGAACGACUGCAGACGACUGAGAGUGAACAAACAGCACCAGGAGCCAUCAUGCCGGGACCACAAGACCCAAAGGGAGAAGAUUUCUCAACUGCCAUUCUGAAGCAGAAACACAGACCCAACAGACUUGUUGUGGAUGAAGCUCUUAACGAAGACAGCAGCAUCGUCAGUCUGUCGCAGAAUAAAAUGGAGGAACUGCAGCUCUUUCGUGGGGACACGGUGGUGUUGAAAGGGAAGAAACGACGUGAAACAGUGUGCAUCGUUUUGACUGAUGAUACCUGUGGAGAUGAUCGAGUACGCAUGAAUCGUGUCACACGCAACAACCUGCAAGUGCGUCUCGGUGAUGUCAUCAGUAUCCAUGCCUGCCCUGAUAUCAAGUAUGGGAAACGGAUCCAUGUUCUUCCUAUAGAUGACACCAUUGAGGGAUUGACAGGGAACCUCUUUGAAGUUUUUCUCAAACCCUACUUUCUGGAGGCGUAUCGGCCGAUUCACAAAGGUGACAUCUUCCAAGUGAGGGGCAGCAUGCGAGCAGUAGAGUUCAAGGUGGUGGAGACUGACCCCAACCCUCACUGCAUUGUCGCUCCAGACACCGUCAUCUACUGUGAGGGAGAGCCAAUCAAAAGAGAGGAGGAGGAGGAGAGUCUUAAUGACAUUGGGUAUGAUGACAUCGGAGGCUGUCGAAAGCAGCUGGCCCAGAUCAAAGAGAUGGUAGAGCUUCCUCUCAGACACCCGGGUCUCUUCAAGGCUAUUGGAGUUAAGCCCCCCAGGGGUAUCCUUUUGUAUGGCCCUGCAGGCACAGGAAAGACUCUGGUUGCGCGGGCUGUAGCCAACGAAACUGGUGCCUUCUUCUUUCUGAUCAAUGGGCCUGAGAUCAUGAGCAAACUAGCAGGAGAGUCAGAGAGCAACUUAAGAAAGGCAUUUGAAGAGGCAGAGAAAAACGCCCCAGCCAUCAUCUUUAUUGAUGAACUGGAUGCCAUUGCUCCAAAAAGAGAGAAGACCCAUGGUGAGGUGGAGAGGCGCAUCGUGUCCCAGUUGCUGACUCUGAUGGAUGGUCUGAAGCAACGAGCACAUGUGGUUGUAAUGGCAGCCACAAACCGGCCAAACAGUGUGGACCCUGCUCUAAGACGCUUUGGCAGGUUUGACCGUGAGAUAGAUGUUGGAAUCCCAGAUUCAACUGGCAGACUGGAGAUCCUGCAGAUUCACACCAAAAACAUGAAACUGUCUGAUGAUGUGGACUUAGAGAGGAUAGCCGCAGAGACUCACGGCCAUGUGGGAGCCGACCUGGCUGCUCUUUGCUCAGAAGCUGCUCUACAAGCCAUCCGAAAAAAGAUGAUCCUCAUAGACCUGGAAGAUGACUCCAUUGAUGCAGACCUGCUCAACUCACUGGCUGUAACCAUGGAUGACUUCAAGUGGGCUCUAAGUCAGAGCAAUCCAUCAGCCCUGAGGGAGACUGUGGCAGAAGUGCCUCAGGUUAACUGGGAAGACAUCGGAGGACUGGAAGAAGUCAAGCGAGAAUUGCAAGAGCUUGUUCAGUAUCCAGUUGAGUACCCAGACAAGUUCCUGAAGUUUGGGAUGACCCCUUCAAGGGGGGUGCUGUUCUACGGUCCACCAGGCUGUGGGAAAACCCUACUAGCUAAAGCUAUCGCCAAUGAAUGUCAAGCAAACUUUGUCUCCAUUAAAGGACCCGAGAUGCUCACCAUGUGGUUUGGAGAAUCAGAGGCCAAUGUCAGAGAUGUCUUUGAUAAGGCCAGGCAAGCAGCCCCUUGCAUCUUGUUUUUUGAUGAGUUAGACUCCAUUGCCAAGUCCAGAGGGGGCGGGGCUGGAGAUGCAGGAGGUGCUGCUGACAGAGUCAUCAACCAGAUACUUACAGAGAUGGAUGGCAUGUCUGACAAAAAGAAUGUUUUCAUCAUAGGUGCCACAAACAGGCCGGAUAUCAUAGAUCCAGCCAUCCUGCGACCAGGCCGUUUAGAUCAGCUCAUCUACAUUCCCCUCCCAGACAAGCCUUCACGUACUGCCAUCUUGCACGCCAAUCUACGCAAAUCACCUGUUGCACGCGAUGUGGACUUGGAAUACCUGUCUGGCAUCACAGAUGGCUUUUCUGGGGCUGACCUAACAGAAAUCUGUCAGCGAGCCUGUAAACUGGCAAUCCGGGAGGCCAUCGAGGCUGAGAUUAAAGCUGAAAGACAGAGGCAAAGCAGACCAGGCGUGUCCAUGGAUGAGGACUAUGAUCCGGUUCCAGAGAUCAGGAAGGACCACUUUGAGGAGGCAAUGCGAUUUGCUCGCCGCUCUGUUAGUGACAACGACAUUCGUAAAUAUGAGAUGUUUGCUCAAACACUGCAACAGAGCCGGGGAUUUGGAAACUUCAGGUUCCCAUCCAACACCCAGUCCAGUGGUCAGGGGUCAGGGUCUGGAUCAGGGAGGCCAGGCCUGUACAGGGAUGAAGGUGAUGACGACCUCUAUCACUGACAAGGACUCAAGUUGAGAAGCUGCUUCACUUCCUUAUACUCGUGGACAGUUCAAGAUACUGUACAACAGCACACAAACACAUAAAACGUCAAGGGUGUAAAACACACAAACACCUAAAAUGUCAGGGGUU